AUAAACAAUUUAUUAAAUAAAAUUGAAAGUUAAAAGAAAUGUCAGGAAGAGGAAAAGGUGGUAAAGGUUUAGGAAAGGGUGGAGCAAAGCGUCAUCGAAAGAUUUUAAGAGAUAAUAUUCAGGGUAUUACAAAGCCAGCUAUUCGACGUUUAGCACGUCGUGGAGGUGUUAAACGUAUUUCGGCUUUAAUAUAUGAAGAGACGCGAGGGGUUUUAAAAGUGUUCUUGGAAAGUGUUAUUAGAGAUGCAGUAACUUAUACGGAGCAUGCGAAGCGUAAAACCGUUACAAGUUUAGAUGUAGUUUAUGCACUUAAACGUCAAGGAAGAACGAUUUAUGGAUUUGGUGGUUAAACAUCAAUAGUAUUGAAUUAGAUCAAUUUGGAGAAAGUUUGCAAUAAAUCUGUAUUUUUAUAUCCAUU